CUUCAAACAAUCGCUUGUUUGCGUUGGGCUGUCUGGUUGUGUAUUUAGCCUCGCGCAUAGCAACCGAUGCAGUAACUUUAAGAAAAGAAUAAUACGAUAUUGGCCUGCUAUCAUUUUGAAUUUGGUUCAAACCGUGUCAGCCACGGCAACAAGAAAGAAAAAACAAUUGUAUUUAACUGCCCCAAGUCCUGACAAACCGAAUCUGGUCGCUAUUGGAGACCAAAGAUGGAGACAGGUAGACAGUCCAGGCAGAAGACAGACUCACAGCGUAUAAGACUAGCCGAGGCGAUCAGCAAUGGCAGGCUUUAUCAGACAAAAAUGAUCCUAAAUGACUUUACAAAUUUAGAUUAUUUGGAUGACGAGGAACUGAGUCCUUUAAUGCGUGCUUUUAUGAUCGAAGAUGCGAAGCAUCGUACAAGAUCAGCCAUGGUUAAACUUCUUAUUCAACACAAGGCUGACGUGAAUUUUCAAGACAAACAUGGACAAAAUGUGUUAAACUGGGCAUGCAAAGCAAACAAGCUCGACUUGGUCAGACUACUUCUCGAGAAGUGUCUACAAGAUAUUGAUCCAACCACUCAAGAUUUGGAGGGGAAUACUCCAUUAAUUUACGCAGUAAUGAACAAUAAUGUAAAUAUGGUCAAGUUAUUGGUGAGCGUCUUGAAAAAAUAUUCAUUGAGCGUUGACCACAGAAACAAACUGGAUCAGACUGCUUACCUGAAAGCGCUGGAAUUGGGCUUUGACGAGUGUGCGAGCAUCUUGUCUGAAGUUGGAAGAGCUUCACUCGACAUCAAGGUCAAUCCGUUUCUAGAAUUUCUGGCUGUUCCCGACCAGGACGUUUCCAGGAAGAUGCGAGUUCGUUCAGCGCCAUUAACCCGAGGAUACGGCAUUGGUAGAGGAGAGAAUAGGAAUUCUGAACAUUUUAAAGUUAAUCGGCAAAAUGACACGAUCUUUCAUCCGAACAAGGCUAAUCUAUCGAGGGAAAAAAAGCUGGGAAACAGACUGUUCAAAUCCAGGAAAAUUCAUAGUGUGGUUUCUCGAAAAAGUCAAAAUGAGAAUUCGAAAAAGGUUUCUCAGAAAUCCGCCAAACGAGACAAAAGCAAAGUCAUAAAGAACACAGAUCUGAAUGGUAAAAUAUCCAUUGGUGAUGAAAAUCUUGAAAUAAGAGAUUUAACCGUCGAGGGAAGUAGGGAACACACAGGAAAUGAACAGAUGGAAGAUUUAAAGGCAUCAAAAAAAGAGGAGAAUUCUGGUUCAAAAAGGAAAGAUCACCUCCUGCGUCUUUUACUUGACGAAACACAAAAUCCUGACAUUCAACGUUUACCCCGGGAUACCCCAUCGAAUACUUCAUGUAGUCAAGUGUCUAGUCUGAACGGCGGCGAAAUUAAGCGCAACGUACCGACAGUGAAUGGUUACUUUUCGUGCAAGCAGGCUUUUGACAAUGACGAAUCAUCCAGAAAUGGUUUCGCAAACUAUCAUUCAUAUCUCGAAUGGAAGGCAUCUCUCGACCAUCCGCCUAACACUUUACGAAGCUUUCUCGCGUUACGAGCCGAACAGCACUCGGAGAAAUCCUCGUAUCGGAAAGGAAUCGUUCUUCCAAAACACGAUCCAACGUCGGAAGACUCCGACCGUGAUCGUAGUUUCGGUGCGACGUCGCCCGUUUCCGAACGCAGCGGCAAAUCAGAAGCGGGAAGAAAGAUCUCGGCAGUCGCAAAAACUGUGGGACUGUCCAUUUAUUUAACAAACAAACGGAAAAAUUCCACAAAAACGUAAAUCACUCCCUAACAACAGACUCAA